AUAAUUAAAAGGAAAUUUGGUGCCUUCUCCGAGAAAUUUGGUGCCGUCAUGCUCCUAAAGCUCGGUGAGGUUCCCACCCUCGUCGUCUCCUCCCCCGAAGCAGCCGCCGAGAUCAUGAAGACCCAGGACGUCAGCUUCGCCAGCAGGCCGAUGAUUUCGUACGGCGACAAGAGCCCCGCGUUCGCCUCCUACGGAUCCUACUGGAGGGAAAUAAGGAAAAUGAGCAUACUGGAACUGCUGAGCAUCAAGCGAGUCCUGUCUUUUCGCUCGAUCCGGGAAGAAGAGGUGCUCAAUUUUGUUCGGUCCAUGGAUCUGUCGUCAAACAGUGGUUGCACCGUGAAUCUCAGUAGCAAGUUCGCGCUGAUGACCAAUGACAUAGCCGCAAGGGCUAUCAUCGGGAGGAAGUGCAAGUAUCAGAAGCAGUUCCUGCAGGUGUUAAACCGAGGACUGGAGGCAUCGGGAGGCUUCAGCUUGGUUGACCUAUUCCCAUCGUCGUCGCUCGUUAGUCUGCUAAGUGGCAUGUCUCUCAAGCUGCCAAGGUUACACCGCGAGAUGGAUGCUAUCCUGAGCAGCAUCAUUCAGGAGCACAGAGAGAGGAACUCCACCGAGCAAGUGGAGGAGGACUUGGUCGAUGUCUUACUCAAAGUCCAACGUGAAGGCAGCCUGCCAUUCGCGUUCACAGACGUGGCCGUCAAAGCUAUAAUCUUGGAUCUAUUUGGGGCGGGCGGCGAGACAACAGCAACAACACUGGAGUGGAUCAUGUCGGAGCUGAUGAGAAAUCCAGGUGCGAUGAAGAGGGUGCAACAGGAGGUGAGGGUGACCGUCGGAGGAAAGGGAAGGGUGAGGGAGGAGGACAUCAACGAGAUGAACUACCUGAGGAUGAUCAUUAAGGAGACACUGAGGCUGCACCCUCCUCUUCCUCUUCUGCUCCCCCGAGAGUGCCAGGAUCAGUCUGCCGUAGCCGGCGAAGGGACCCGUCACAAUGGGUUCUUGCUCGAUCGUGUCCGUGGGAGGAGGGACCCAUCGUAG